AUGGCCGUCCCACCAAAGUUCGCCGCCCACAAGCUGGCCUUCUCCCCCGCCAAACCCGCCGCGGAGGGCGUCGCCGCGCAGCCGCACACCAUUGAGCUCUACCUCGACUACGUCUGCCCCUUCUCGGCCAAGCAGUUCGCCACCUUCUACAACCAGGUCGUGCCCGCCAUCCGCGCGAACCCGGCCUGGGCCUCCAACGUCGAGGUCGUCUUCCGCCAGCAGGUGCAGCCCUGGCACCCGUCGAGCACGCUCGUGCACGAGUCCGCCGUCGCCGUGGUCAAGGUCGCCCCGGCCAAGUUCUGGGCCUACAGCGACGCCCUGUUCAAGGCGCAGAAGGACUACUUCGACGUCAACGUCGUCAACGAGCCGCGCAACGAGACGUACAAGCGCCUCGCCAAGCUGGCGGCCUCCGUGGGCGUCGACGAGAAGAAGGUGUACGACCUGCUGGUCAUCUCGGACAAGCCCGCGGAAGACGGCUCGCUCAACAGCGGCAACGGCGUGACCAACGACUUCAAGGUGCUCAUCAAGCUGGCCAGAUUGACGGGCGUGCACGUCAGCCCGACGGUGCUGUUCGACGGAUACCCCAACAACGAGAUCAGCUCGAGCUGGACCCUGGACCAGUGGAAGGAGUGGCUGCAGAAGAACAUUGUCUGA